AUGGCACGACCCAGCAUUGAUGAUCUCACCGGCGACCAUGAGCUUGCCAAAUUGGCCCGUGAGACUUGGUUGAUUGGCUCCAGCAAUGUGCAAGUGCGACCUCAAAUCGUGGAGCAAAUCUGGCAGAAUGUUGAAGCUUCUGGGUACUCCAACUUCGACCUACUCCUCCUGGAACAACUCCAAACUCUGGAGCGGUAUCUCUGGCCAGGAUAUAGCGAAGAUGCUUCCAAUCAACAUGUUCUGCUGCUUGCACUAUUGUGCAGCACCAAGAGGAGGGAACAUCUACCCGUCUGGCCCGUGUUUGCGAGUCGAUUGGACGAGUUCACGGAUUUCUUCUCGCGCGUCGCUCAUUUGAUCUUGGACACUGCAUUGAGCACGACUCUACGCACGCAUCUUCUCGGGUUUAUUGUCGCAGCUUUCCAAAGCCUCGAUCAUGGAAUCGUGCGAAAGGAAUGUGCGCCGUUGGUCUCGAUUGCGAUUUGGCAUCACUUGCAUAGUGACAAGGCGCGGGAAUCUCAAUUCACACAAAACUCGCGACUGCAGAAAGCGUGGUCUGCUUCAGCGAAAAAAUAUGACGGUGCGGAGAGUCCGGUCCAGGCGAGGUUGCGAUUUGAGAGAAGCUGGUUAUACACCCUGGUUCUUCAUUUCCUCGACAAAAUCUAUCGCUCAGAUAGCACGAGUGCCGAUGAGAAGCAGGCCGAUUUACUAUUCUGCGAACGGCUACUCGAGUUGCUCUGUGACGUCCAAUCACAGCUCCCCACAAGGAGAUAUGUGAAUGCACUGCUCAAAGAUUUGAAUCUGCUCCCCGCUUUGGUCCUUUCACCGAUGUAUCGAACUGAGGAAUCAAUCCGAAACUCCUAUCGGCUACUACAGCACUACACGGACUUUCCUGUAGAUGAUCACAGCGGUCAUCAAUUGAGCAGACAGGAGUUCGAGGAAUCUCAAAAUGUGGCCGUUUCGCGACUGCAAAAGACUGCUCUAAAGCUGCAACCUGAGAAACUUAAAAUCCUCAUGCUCGCCAACUUUUCUUCGUUGAUGCAACGAGACGAAGUUAAAGGACAUCUUGAGGAGAUUACAGAUUCUGAGUUGUUAGAAUUGUGUAGAGAGACAGGACUGCGUACGACCGAAUAUCCCGCGAAGUCUCUUUUGAUACAGGACAGAACUUUCCUCUUGGAGUGCCUAUACGCCUUGAUUGAAAAGAAGGUCAUCUACACGGAUCGCAUGCGCGAUCUCCCAAUUCUGCCCACGGAAAAGACGCUGUAUGACCCGUCUCUCCUCCAUACCGAUGACUACGACGGGUCCCGUCCUUUGGCGAUCCCGCGACUCAAUCUGCAAUACCUCACCAUUGGCGACUUUCUGUGGCGUGCCUUUACUCUCUACCGUCUUGAGAGUCUUUUCGAGCUGCGGCGGCAUAUCGAAGAUGUCAUCAAAAGACUACAACCACGGCAACAAAAUGGCGCCCUCCGAUGGGACGGGUUUUCUAGAAUGGCCAUCCCCAUCGCGAAGCCUGCUGUUGUCGACACUGUUCCAGCUAGAGUAGGCGAGACUGUACCAGCAGAAGUCAAGGCUGAGGUCAUCCUGGAUGUUAGCAGAUUGCAGCCAGGUUUGAGGAAGGAGUGGGAGCAGCUUCGUCCUGGAGAUAUUGUUUACCUUGUUGCUGUGGAGCCCAACACGAGUUCUGAUGCAAAGCCAGUCAAUGGCCACGGCCAUAAGCCAUCAGCGCAGAAUAGUGGCAUCAAGGCUGUAAGGUGUGCCGAAGUUAUGAGCGUGCUGGACGGCGCCGGGAAGCCUCUCCGAUACGGGAACACUGAGGAGAACAGACCUAGACAACGUCGUCUGCUAGUGCGGUUAGACACUGCGGCAUACAAGGCGGACAACGAUCGCAGCAACUUAGGCAAAGGCGACAUCUACGAAAGUAUCAACCUCAUAGUUCGAAGGAAAGCUCGCGAGAACAAUUUCAAGCCUGUGCUAGAGAGUAUCAGACAGCUAUCUCUCACUGAAACGCCCAUCCCAUCGUGGUUCACCGAGGUGUUUCUCGGUUUCGGAGACCCGUCUGCAGCGUCAUACAAACGACUUCCUAGUCGUCUCAAGAGUGUGGACUACCGAGAUACGUUCGUUGACUGGCAACAUCUCAUCGAGUGCCUGCCUGGUCGCACUCUCGAGCCAGAUCCGACGCAGGAUUCUAGUUUCGCACCUCCGUAUGUUUUGGAAUCAGACGGCGUCUCACUACCGACAGCUCCGAAGAAAGGUAAAAAGCGCAGGCAUGAUCAGCCUGAUGGACCUGGUUCGGCACCUCUCGUGGAGACUGUGAAGGUUUCCUCAUACAAACCCAUCAACUCAGGUCCUUAUAUUACCGACGCACCUAAGCUCAAUGCGGUCCGCUUCACACCAACGCAGAUAGAGGCCGUCACUUCUGGCACCCAACCAGGGCUCACUCUUAUCGUCGGACCGCCAGGAACCGGCAAGACUGAUGUCGCAACACAAAUCAUUAGCAACAUCUAUCACAAUUUCUCUCAACAGCGAACGCUACUCAUCGCUCAUUCAAAUCAAGCAUUAAAUCAAUUGUUCCAGAAAAUCAUCUCUCUUGACAUUGAUGAACGUCACCUGCUUCGUCUGGGUCACGGAGAAGAAGAUCUCGAAUCCAGCUCAAGCUUCAGCAAAGCGGGUCGAGUCGAGUCUUUCCUCGAACGAGGCGCACAAUAUCUUGCGGAAGUUCAACGACUUGCGGCGAGCAUCGGCGCUCCAGGUGCACACGGUAGCAGCUGUGAGACGGCCGACUACUUUGAUCAGGUUUAUGUCAAACCACGAUGGAAACAUUUCACAGACCUUGUGCAGGGCUCAGGUGAUGAUGCAAGCGUUGUCUCUCGCGUCUUCCCAUUCCAUGCAUUCUUCGCGGAUGCCCCUCAACCGCUCUUUCCACCACAAGCUUCGAAGAAGCAGCUGCUGGAUAUUGCUGGUGGAUGUGAGAGACACGUUCGACGAAUCUUUGAUGAACUUGCUGAUAUUCGUCCCUUCGAGAUUCUCCGUGCUCAGCGCGACAAGGCGAACUACCUCCUUGUCAAGGAGGCUCGCAUCAUCGCCAUGACUUCCACUCAUGCUGCUAUGCGGAGGCAAGAAAUUGCUAGCCUGGGCUUUCACUACGAUAACGUGGUCAUGGAGGAGGCUGCUCAAGUCACCGAGAUCGAAAAUUUCAUCCCUCUGAUCAUGCAAACUCCUGACCCGGCCGAUCUUACCAAGCAUCAAUUACAGCGCAUCAUCCUCGUCGGCGACCAUUUGCAGAAUUCCCCCGUCAUCCAACAUCCCGCCUGUAAAUCCUUCGCCAAUCUCGAUCAAAGUCUCUUCCAACGAUUGAUUCGUCUAGGGGCACCUCACAUCCUUCUCGAUGCCCAAGGCCGCUCACGAUCAUCUCUCUCCCGCCUUUACGCCUGGCGUUAUCCACACCUCACCGAUCUUCCCUCCGUCACCACACAACCCGAAUUUCUCACCGCCAACGCCGGUCUCCGCCACACAGCUCAAUGGAUCGAAGUUCCCGAUUACAAAACUCGCGGCGAGACCUCUCCAGCACCACACGUCUACCAGAACCUCGGCGAAGCUGAAUACGUCGUGGCUUUGUACAUGUACAUGCGUCUCCUCGGCUACCCAUCCCACACAAUUAGUAUCCUGACCAUGUACGCCGGCCAGACGGCGCUGAUCCGCGACGUCCUCGCCCGCCGCUGCAAAGACCACCCACUCUUCGGCCUCCCGGCAUGGACAGGCACCGUGGAUAAAUUCCAGGGCGAGCAGAGCGACUACGUCCUCCUCUCCAUGGUGCGCACGAAGAGCAUCGGCUACCUCCGGGACGUCCGACGUCUCACCGUCGCGCUUUCCCGCGCGCGACUGGGUCUUUACGUCUUCGGCCGCAGAGCGAUUUUCGAAAGCGGCAUGGAAACCCGCGAGGCCUUCACGAGUCUGUGGAAUUGCACCACCGCCGCAGAAGAAAACGCCUUGCAGCUCGUCACGGGGGAAAUCUUCCCCGCGGAGAGAAGUGUCGAUGCGGUGGUGGAGGCUACGCCCAUGCAGGGCGUCGAACAUCUCGGUCAGUAUGUCUUUGAGAUGACGAAGGCUAAGAUGGAUCAGCUCAGGGCUGAGGGCGAGGGAAUGAUGCCGCCUGCUUUGACGGCGUUGCCGGAUAGGAGGUUGAGUGAGAUGGCGCAGGACGAUGAGGAUGAGGAUGGGCAGCAGGAUGAGCCUGUGGUGGUCGAUGAGGAAGUCAACUGA